ACCACCGCCACUGCCAUCACCGCAGCCAUGAUCUCCUUAACGGACACGCAGAAAAUUGGAAUGGGAUUAACAGGAUUUGGCGUAUUUUUCCUAUUUUUUGGAAUGCUUCUCUUUUUCGACAAAGCACUACUGGCUAUUGGAAAUGUAUUAUUUGUGUCUGGAUUGGCUUUUGUAAUUGGUUUGGAAAGAACAUUUUGAUUCUUCUUCCAGAAACACAAAGUUAAAGCUACAGGAUUUUUCCUGAGUGGUGUAUUUGUAGUUCUCAUUGGUUGGCCUUUAAUAGGCAUGAUCCUUGAAAUUUAUGGAUUCUUUCUUCUGUUCAGGGGAUUCUUUCCUGUGGUGGUUGGCUUUAUUAGAAGAGUGCCAGUUCUUGGAUCCCUCUUGAAUUUACCUGGAAUAAGAUCACUUGUAGAUAAAGUUGGAGAAAGUAACAACAUUUUCAUAUACACCCACCUCACCCAACCAGGCUAA